GUUUCGAAGCCUUCCGAUAGAGAACUAGUCUUAUGAAGAUACAGCGAAGACGUAACAACGCCGCUCUGAAGAUUAGCACUUUGAAUAUUUGGAAUCGGUCGACAUAGUAUUGAAUAUACUAAUAUAAUAUUCACUUCCAAAUAUUAAAAAUACUUUAAAUAGUUCGCAAGAGUAUCUGAGAGAAGAAUAUAAUAAAUAAGAAAUAAAUAAGAAUAUACGUGAAAAAGAAUUGUAAAUACAGAUAAGAAAAUUAAAUGUGAUAAUUACAAUGGUGAAAGAUAAAAGAUAAUACUGUUAUUAUUAUGGCAGUAAGGAGAUGUGAUAAAGUGAAAUAAUAAAGUAAAAGCAGAUAUACAUACGUAAGAGUUUCGUCGAUUCCUAUCCCACUUUGAAACUUGUUAAAUAAAACGAUGACUAAAAUACUCGCCACAAUAGGUUUUAUCAAAUAAUUAAAGCGCAUUAUGUACAUAUCUGUUCCUAGAAUACUAAAAAUACAUUUGCGGAUAAGUAUAAUUCUUAUACAGUGCUCUUUUUAUCUUAUACAGUGCUCUUUUAGGUAAUCGACUGGAAAAAUAACCAAAGAGUAAAGGCAGCUGUUGUUCCAAUCUCUUGUUACAGAAUUUCGCAAAAUGGCUAAGAUUUUUAUCCUAAUCGCGUUACAGCCGUACCUAUUUUAUGCUCUGGUACACGGUGCAAUUUCAUGUUCGGAAUACUUCACACAUGCAAUCGACCCUGAGACAUACAAGAUAUUUGGACGGAUUGAAAUCCUUUCUCCGCCAGAAAAUGAUGAAAUGUAUUUAAAAGUAGCCUUAAAUACUACCGCAGAUUCUCUGAAAGGGAUAUUUCGAUUGGAAUUGGCACGUUCGAUAAAUGAGACUAUUGAAGCUAUUCAACAAGGCAGACAUAUAUUGUAUCAUGUUUAUUUUCCCUCGGACGUCGGUCUUCCGACGUUAUCCGCGAUAUGGUUUAACGAUCAACGAUAUUGCCUCGGUCCCGGAGCGUCUAAUGGAAGUAUCGUAGCCAACAUCGAGUUGGGGCAUAUUGUGUACCCGCUGAACGAAGAACCACUAUUGCAGAAUUUUCAGUCGUGGUAUCGAAAUUCGAGUAGCUAUCGUAUAAACAAUCCGAAUUACAAUAGCAACACCGAAUGCGGCAUUACCAGCUACUACUCCGAUACUACAAAUAUGCUAAUCCCCAACGGCGCGAACUCAUUACCAGGCCAGUGGCCAUGGGUGGUUGCAAUUUAUGCAGUUAAAACCAGCGAGUAUAGUUCAACAUACAAGUAUCGAUGUAGUGGUUCUAUCUUGACAGACAAACAUGUAUUAACAGUGGCUCACUGUGUGGUGAACGUACUUACCAACAUUGCAAUAAACCCCAACAAGUUGGAAGUGGCAAUGGGGAUAUUUGAUUUGACGCAAUUACACGCAGAUGGAACUGCCAGUCGGAAAGUCUUGAGCUUGAAGAUUCAUCCCGAUUAUGUGCCGUAUUCUUAUAGCGGCGAUUCCAAUCUGGCGAUUUUGAUCCUUCGGAGCCCCGUCGAGUUCAAUCCUUUAAUCAGACCUAUUUGCUUAUGGUCUGGUUCGGCCAAUCUUGAAAAUGUUGUUAAUAGAACAGGAUAUGUUGUAGGAUGGGGUGUAGACGCGAUCGGUCAUCGUGAUGUUAAUAAACUACGGAUGAUAAGAGCAACGAUAGUGAGCCAGGAGACCUGUAAUUCGAGUGAUACUAGAUACGCUAGGUUCAUCUCGAAACGUACCUUUUGUGCCGGGUCGUCAGACGAUAAGGGUCCUUGUCGCGGUGACAGUGGAACCGGACUGAUGCUUCCGAAUAAUAUCACGGGUCGUUAUCAGUUGCGCGGUGUUGUUUCGGGGUCCAUAGGCUAUGUAAAUGACACAUUUGAGUGCGAUCCACGGAAAUACGUCAUAUAUGUUGAUGUCGCCAAAUACAUACCAUGGAUUAAACAAGAGAUUUCGGUGUAACGACGUUGGUCUGUCGUCACAAAAUGCAUAAUUUUCAGGAUAAAUUUUAAGAGAAAAUUCUCUCCCUGUGUGUAUAUUAAAAAUAUUUUUUUGGAAAUAUGCGCAGUUUGUUAUUUUUUUUAAGACACCGCUGAUCGUAGCAACAAGUUGUGGAAAACUAACAAUGAGUAAAAAAAGAAAUAAAAGUACAGUCUAUAAAAAUUGCAGUAAGAUUACGAUCUAAUACUGCCUACGUUCUCAAUUAUACCGUACCCGCUAAAUUAAAUAAUUUAUACUAUCAACAUAUGUACAUACACGUAUGCUAAAUAAAUUACGGAAAUACAGACAUUAUUAUUGCCA